AUGAAUACUGCUAUGGCGAUGCCGGGGUUUACGGACUCGUUUUGGACGCCCGAUUAUGCCUCGGGCAUCCAUACACUGUUUACAAAGCUCCACCAGGGCAUCGUGGAGAACCAACAGAUUCUCACCAUGGCCCAGAUGCGUGCUGAGGCAGAGCGUGUAUAUGCUGCACAGCUAGGUGCCAUUGCUCCGGCUAUUGAUCGAAAAACCGGAGGUUUCGAUCGUGAUGACGGUGCUAGUGUCCGGAAGGCAUUCGAAUGCAUGCGAAAGCAGAUGGUCGAAGAACAAGCCAUUCACCAGAAGAUCUCGAGCAGCAUUCAGCAACUGGUUAUCCAAGAAUUUAGCCGCUGGGCAAGCGAACAUGAAGCCCGAGUAGUUACCUGCGAAAAGGCGCUUACCUCACGGCUGAAGGAAUACUCUAAACAAUGUGAUGAAGUGAGCAGUCUGAAUGAGAAGUAUCUCAGCAAGUGUCGUCAGAUUCACGACCGGGAGCAACAGGACUUGUUCGCCUUCCAGGAGCCUGAAAGUGCUACCGCAAGCCCAAAGCAUAAACAGUUGACACUUAAAGCUCCAACCAUUGUGUUGCCCGAUCCGUUAGAUGAAGACCCGGAACCAGUGGAGUUAGGUGAUCACGUGUAUUCACCAGAGCAAUUGAAACCAGUGUUGAAGCACAUGCUGGAGACUAUCCCGAUGGGAGAGGUGAAAGUGCGCCUGCUUGGGACAUACUAUAACACAUCACUUGGAUCAGACAUCGUUGAGUACCUACAAAAGCAUCUAGGUGCCUCUUCUCUCAGCUAUGCGGAACGGAUAGGUCAGGACAUGGCUGAUAAUGGCUUUAUAACCUCAAUCGGUGCCAUGGGUCCUAACCCACUUGUUAACACCACAUUCACUGGUAGCUCGAGGUCUACCUACCAGUGGGAUAAGCGCGUCUUUCAAAUGACCGGAGUCCCUGAGAAGAAAAAGCCACUCAGUCGCUCUGGCACUACACUAAGUCGGACUAGCACUGGGAUGGGAAGCGACGACAUCCCUAUUGACUCCCCCACCUUAACAGAACGCUUUGCUGCGUGGAAUCCGCUUAGAAACCAGCUUUCCGACGAAACACCUAUGGAAAUCCUUAAACGCCAGGCUGAUGAGGCCAAUGAGCGCUACAAGCAUGGUGUGAGACAGCUGGAUGCUCUUCGCUGUAAACUCGAAGAAGAGAUGUUUCAAACUAUGAAAUUUAUGCAACAGUGCGAACUACACCGCCUUGAAGGCAUCAAAACAGUUGUCAUAGAUUUUUCAAGCACGAUCAGCAAUGUCAUUCCGUCAUUGCAGAGCACGAUGGAUAGGAUUGUUCUUCAUCACGAGGCGAUGCAGCCACUGGGUGACUUGCGCUACAUGCUGGAGAACUAUCGAACUGGCUCGUUUUGCCCAAAGGUUGUCGUCUAUGAAAGCGGUUCAAAAUCUACGGAGGAUUAUCUUGACCUUGAAGGAGAUGACGCUCGACGAGCAAUAUGGCUCCGAGACGUUCCUCUAUCUGAAACCCAUAAGCUUCGUGCGAAACUGAAUAGAGGCCGCUCUGGGCCAGUGGUGAAGGUAGAUGAUGAAGUAGAGGCCAUAGGAGAAAUGCUGCAAGAGUUCGAAAUGCCUGUUGUCGCAAGUGUUUUGAGACUCUACCUUCUAGAACUUCCAGACUCAAUUGUUUCUUCCAAGUUAUACGAAAUUUUCCGCACAAUUUACACUACGACCCGUGACACAUCUGAUGAGAAUCGCAUCAGGGUCCUUCAAAGUACUUUAGGGCAGCUGCCACUUCCAUAUAUCGCUACUUUAGACGCCAUCACUACUCAUUUCUGGCGUCUUGUCGAUCUUACCAUCCCUGAACAGGAUCAAUUUUCCACUCGUGAGGAAAUCUAUAUUUCGGCUCUUGCCUCUAGCCUGGCUCCAUGUAUUCUCCGCCCUCGCGUCCAGAAUCAUCUAUCUAUGGAUGAAAAGCAUAGUCACCGUCUUGUGCGUGAUCUGAUUGUGCACCAGAAGCAGAUCUUUGGAGAGCUCCGGCGUCUAUCCAGCAAGUCUAGUAGUGCUGCAUCCCAAAGACCCCGUGCCAUCAGCACCGAUGAAAGCAACCGACGAGCAAACAUGGAAGAAAGGAACCGUGCAAUUGCUAACAGGGCUAGAGGUACGAGCCCAGCUCCGUCUCCUCGCCAUCGCCGGGACAGAUCAGUGGGAAGCUCAGGAAGCACACGAUUCCCAGUAAGCAUUUCUGGUGUCACUACUUCUGAACGCAAACCAGUACGCCAUUCUCUCGAGGUACCUGAUGCAACUCCUACGGACACUACAAACUCCCACACCAACGGCACAAGUGAAGACACCUCGGCAGCAACUGAAAGUGCAGCUGCCCUAGCUGACGCUCCCUCUACUGACCGAGCCUCCACACCGCCGAAUACCACAACUACAAUAGCCGCCUCAGCCGUUCCAUCGUCUAUGACUGGAGAAGUUCAGAAGACAGGUUCGCUUUCACGCUCUAGCCGCUACAGCCAUAUCACAGGCAUCAAGCGAGAGGAAGCUGAUAGCACCGCAUCGGAUGUUCCUGCUCCAAAACCCGUAGGAGUAACGCUAGAAGAUAAACCGAUCGAUGAUUAG